AGAACAUCUCACAUCCGCGGACCAAUAACAUUUCCUCUGAUUGGGUGUGCGUAUCUUUUCAUGGGAAAUACUUCAUAUAUUUUGCUACAAAUAACUAAAUUGUGUUAUAAUUAUGCCUCACCUUGUCGGAUGAUUCUUGGCCCUAAAGUAGCGGUUCUCAUUCACGAUCCAGAACAAAUUAAAACAGUAUUCCUUAGCUCUAAAACUACUGAAAAGCACGAGUUUUACGAUUUCAGUAAACCUUGGACAGGCAAUGGCUUAAUUACUGCACCACGUUCUAUAUGGCGAGUUCAUCGAAAAUUAAUUCAACCAGCAUUUUCUACUAAAAUUCUGCAGUCCUUUGUUACAAUUUUUCAAAAGACUUCGAUAUUGUUAGCAGAAGAAUUUUCCAGGAAAGUUGGCCGACCAGAAUUUGAUGUGUAUCCUGACGUCUCUUUCACUUCUUUCCGUAACAUAUGUGAUCAAAAUCAGAAAAAACCUUUUCUGGAUUUAAUGCUAGAAAUGGCAGACAAAGGAAUUUUUACUGACGACGAAGUUCGUGAGCAUGCUGACACGUUGAUAGAGGCUGGUUAUGAUACUGUAAGUCGUACGAACUGUUUCACACUGCUCAUGCUAGCUUCUCAUCCAGACAUACAGGAUAAAGUUUACAAGGAACUUUAUAAAAUUUAUGGCCCCGAGAGCCCGGAUGAAACACCUGUGAAAUUAGAAGACUUAAAACAUAUGGAUUACUUGGAAAGAGUAAUUAAGGAAGUGAUGAGACUUUACCCUGUGGUGCCUCUACUUGGACGAAAGUUGCUGGAAGAUUUUCCCCUAGAUGGAUACCUUUUACCAAAAGAUUGCGGAAUAAUUACGUCAGUAAUCGCACUUCAUCGUGAUAAAAAAUAUUGGACCGAUCCACUAAAGUUUAACCCCGAUAGGUUUUUACCUGAAGAAGUUGAGAAACAAAUACCAUACACUUAUAUGCCUUUCAGUUUGGGUCCAAGAGACUGUAUAGGGCGCGUGUAUGCUAUGAUGUCCAUGAAGAUUCUAAUGGCUACUUUACUUCGUAAAUAUGUAUUAAUAAAGGAUCAAAUCAAGCCAAUCGAGGACAUACAAAUUAAAUUUGCUGUUGUUCUUGAACCUGCUGAGCCCAUAACUAUGAGAAUUGAAAAGAGAGUGAAAUAA